AUGGCUGAAGGAGACCAUCUUGUGGCAGUGAGGGAGGAGGAGAUGAAUUCAACUUGGAGAGGCUUCCACUUAAAAGAACCACUUAUUUCCUUAGGCCUUUUGUCACUCCAGUUUCUGCCGCUUGCGUUUCCAGUUCUUGGGGCUGCUAUUCAGCCUCAUAAUUCAAUUCAGCCUCCACGAUUCAGCCUCAUAGUUCGAUUUAGCCUCCGCGAUUCAACCUUGUUCGAUUCAACCUGGUCUGUCCUUGCCACCAGUCCGCCAUGCUUGCCACCGCCACUCCGCCCAUCGCCCACUGCUAGUCCAAAGGAAUGGCGAGCACAGCAGAUUGCCAAUGGAGAGGCUAAAGAUAAUGCUAAUUUUGAGCCACUGGGAGGUGAUUGGAAUGUCAUUCAUGGCAGUGAUGCGGUGGAGAGUGCAAGGAAAGAGAUUGCUCUAUGGUUUCCUGAAGGAAUUGCUGAAUGGAGGAGCGGCCUUCACCCCUGGAUCUAUGAAUAA